AGGUUCCGGAGCUGGAUUGACCGGGAGGUUCGACCGGAAGCCCUGGAACCUCGAGCUGUGCCCGCCCACCUACCACUCCACAAAAUGGGAUCUGAGGACGACCCGGAGGUAUUCAUCGAUCUUUUUCAGAAGACGGCCGAGCUGUCGGGCUGGCCGCGGGACCAGUGGCCGAUGCGCCUGGUCCCGCUGCUCUCCGGGGAGUCCCAGAUAGCGGCACAGCAGCUUCCGGUGCAGAAUCUCCUGGUCUUCGACGACCUAAAAAGGGCCAUCCUCCAGCGGGUCGGCCGGAGCCCUGAAGAACAUCGCCAGCGGUUCCGUUCCCUGGAACUGGGCGAGUCCGGCCGACCGUUCGUGUUGGCCCAACAGCUCCGGGACUCCUGCCGCAAAUGGCUGUUAACUGAGGGAAGCGACGUGGAGAAGAUUGUCGAUCGAGUGGUACUGGAGCAGUUCAUUACUCGGCUCCCACGGAGGACAGCAGAGUGGGUCCAGUGCCACCGCCCCACGUCGCUGGACUCAGCCAUCCACCUCGCGGAGGACCAUAUGGUGGCGUGCCCAGGGGUCGGCGAACCCCUCCCAUCUGUCUCUCUCUCCCCGUCUUCCCCUUCUGUCUCUCUCUCUCGUCCUGUCCCUCUCCCCAGGUCCCGCCCACCUGUCCAUCCUCGAGUCCCGCCCCGGGGGCGGGGCGGGGUUGACCAGAGCCAGUUUGGGGGUCCCAGAGCCCCGCCCAGGAGGGCAGGACUGACUUCCGCUGGACAGGACCCCGCUCCUGUUUCUCCGCUCUCUCCACGCCAAUCAUUUACCCCACUCCCUGCCACUGGGGCGGCGGGGAGGUCUGGGCCAGCCUGUUGGCGUUGCGGGGACCCGGAGCAUUUCGUGGACAGGUGCCCAGUGAUGGAGGUUGGGACAAUGGUCCGGGUCCCGGACGCCCCGCAGGCUGCCCCCGGUCAAGCUGGCUGGUAUCAAAUACCUACAGACGCGUCGGACAGGGGGCUGGGUGCCGUCCUGUCCCAGGAGAUAGAGGGGGAGGAACGGCCGGCUCCCCGGCCUGAGUCGGGCGGUGGGGAUGUACUGUAA